UGCCUUUAGGACGCCUCUGGCACCUUGGCUCCCGCUGUCCAUGCGAGCCGGUUUGUGCCCAGUGUCCUGUGCAUAUGCCUUGUAAGCGACGGCGCCAUGAGUCUGACCUCCAGUUCCAGCGUACGAGUUGAAUGGAUCCCAGCAGUUACCAUUGCUGCUGGAACAGCUGCAAUCGGUUAUCUAGCUUACAAAAGAUUCUAUGUUAAAGAUCAUCGCAAUAAAGCAACGGUAAACCUUCACAUCCAGAAAGACAACCCCAAGGUAGUACAUGCUUUUGACAUGGAGGAUUCGGGAGAUAAAGCUGUAUACUGCCGUUGUUGGAGAUCCAAAAAGUUCCCAUUCUGUGAUGGGGCUCACACAAAACACAACGAGGGGACUGGAGACAACGUGGGGCCUCUGAUCAUCAAGAAAAAAGAAACUUAAAUGGACAGUUUUGAUGCACAAACCAACUUGUCAUGAUGUUACCUGAUUGUUUAAUUAGAAUGACUACCACUUCCGUCUAGUUCACCUCCCCGGGUUCUAGAUGUGGUAUAUUGCAAACUAGAGCUUUCAUAUUCAUGGCAUUUGCCUUACUUGUUGAAACAUUGUGGUGCACAUUUGUUUAAACAAAAAAAGGAAAAUGUAAAAAUCAAAAAAAAAAAAAAAUGUGAAAAAA